GCCAAGCAAGCAGCAAGCAGUCGCAAUCCCGUCGCCUAACCAGCAUCGCUCGCCUUACCUUUUCACCCUCUUACAAAAUCGCAUCGAGGCUUCCGUCAGUCGCAUAUAUUUGCCCCGUUCCAUCUGCCGGUUCCUCCGACGUCGUUCGUCGUCGUUCGUCGUCGCCAUAGCCGCCGUCACCGCCGCCGUCGCCGCUACUGCUAUUGCCGUCGUCAUCGUCGCACACGCAGUACGUCGUCGUUAUUGCUGUUGCAAUCGUCGUCCAGUCGCGCGUGAUUUUUAACAGCGGUUUUAUUAAAGGGAAAGCGCGAACGAAUAUAAUACGGAGUCCUUGUGAUCGAGCAAGCUGAUUAUGAGUUGGAACAGUGCAGCGAUACAGAAAGCAUUCGGGCCAGCGUUUUUAAAGUGAGAACAAGUUUUCGUGGUUUUGUGUUUGCGAAUCCGGCUAAUCGACCGGAACACCAAAGUGAACGUAAAGGAAAAGUAUUAUCAACGUUUUCUGCUUUAUACCUUUGGUGAGAAAGGGGAGCAAGUGCAGAGUCGAAGGAACGAGCCGCUAAAACGAAGCUCGUAUGUCACACGUUGAAAGGACCAGCCGUGUCAUCGUCGGAAUAAGUGCUGACAAUAUAUGAUCUAUUUUGGUGUGUUGUUCGUUACCAAAGUGAGGAGUCGCAAGCUCCGAAGAACCAGUGAAGGCUCACCGACCGCCUAACCUGUCACGGUGACCGACAUCACGGCGAGAUCGCGACUGAUCCCUCCGCGUGUUCCGGCGCAAGAACAGCAGAAUCCGGAGUUCGACCGCGGGAGGAACCAGGAGUGCGCCGAAUAAAUGACGUAAAUCCGAGGAACGGAAACGCAACGUCACUCGCUAACUCGCAAUCCCCCUCUCCCUCCGCCAGCGAACCCGAACCUUUCCCUCUCGCUCACUCUCUUUCGCCGUGUUCACGUUUUCCACCCACCCUCUCUCGUCUUUUCGGACGCGACCCCCCUCCGGACCUAAGCCCCGAUCCACGACCCCGACGCAACCGGGACCUUCGCCCUCGCCUCUUUACCCGCUUUGUCGUCUACCGCCUUCUCGCGCUUACUCUCUCACUCUCUCUGUUUCACUCUAACCGCGCCCCUACUUCUUUUCUGCGGUGAAAACAAGAAGAAGAAGAAAAAAAAAAGAAAGAAGAAAUCCAUCCCUUCCAAUCCGUGUCUCUCGUCCCUGCGAAAGGAUACAGGCUCUUAGGGUCACCUUUCCAAGAUUCGAGAGGUCACUUUCUGUCUCCGUUCUCUUACGGUCCAAGUCGAUCCUACCGUCCUCGUCCAAGUAGACUCUCUACACAACCGAGGCCGCGCGUUAGCUUCAGAACCGGCUUGAAGGACACCACGACCGGCUUUUUGAGACUCACACAUAUACAUACAUACGCGUACACACGUAAAAUAAAACUCCAACGCAACAGCAGCAGCAACAGCAGCAGCAGCAGCAACAAACAGCAGCUAUAUUAUCGAUAAAGGAAACAAACCUGCGCCUAGAGCACACAUAUACUCACACUCGUGGUCGACGUUUAGCUUCGAAGGCUUUCAAGCUUUGCCCAACUACUACGCCUCUGGUUGCUGCUACGUGUGCCCUUCUAAACCUGUCCGAGCGCAUCGCGCGAAGAUAACAAGGAGGAUAAACAGAGAAGUUGAAGUUCGAUAGAAAGAACCGUGACGCUGUCCAGAAGGAACGAAAAGCCACGGUCCCGUGACAGAAGCCCCCGCAGCAACGCCUAAAAUCGUAACACAUCGGAGCCUAAUUCGCUGUCGAAUACGUUUUGCCUCUUUACCUCUUCACUUUUUCUUUCUCGGUGAAAUCUCCUUCGCUCUUCCGUCGUUUGCGACCGCCUGCCGCCGCUGAGUAACCCCGCCGCCUACACGAACCCCACGUUAAGUAUCGCCGAGCUGGUUGAGCAUCGUCACCUUCGAGGCUAGUUGGAAUUGAAAAGAAAAUUAAAGGAAGCUCUCUUUCUCUCUUUCGCUAACCGCUAGUUUGGCAAAAAAAAAACGUAAAACACGAUACUGUUGCACUGGUCCCCUCUGCACGAUUAACAAUAAAGAGCAACGAGGCGAUAUAUUAACGGGGCAAUCACGGUCUAAAUAUAUAGUUUAGAAAUUGUGCGUACUGGCGCUGACAAUCGCGAGCCUCUCACACGGGUGUUCGAUAAUACGCGACAACGAAUAACUAGGCGAGGUAAAGAAGAAUAGCGACGGGUACGCCUCGCGGUCGAGGAUUUUGAAUAGUAGUCUUUGUUCGUCGUCGUCCGGUUACGCGUGUUUUAUGCUUCGUCUACACGGAAGAUUCGAGCUCUGGAAGACCAUCAGCUUGUCACGGGACGCGUUCAUGGAACAAUAAGACGAUCGCACGCUACUCAAAGAAAUCUUCUUGCGAAAGCCGGUGCGAGUGAACGCGAACAAACAGGCUACGCCGAGAACAUCCAGUGGAGGAAGAGGAUAAAUUAAAGUCGGUGUAAAGCCGGGCUUGUAUACCCCCUCUCCCCCCCCUAAGGAGGAAGUUCCUUGGUCUUCCAGGAGUGGAAGUAUGGCAAUGGUCAACAUGAAUAACCUACUGAACGGCAAGGAUUCCCGGUGGCUGCAGCUAGAGGUUUGCAGAGAGUUCCAGCGCAACAAGUGCACCAGGCCCGACACGGAGUGCAAGUUCGCUCAUCCGCCAGCUAACGUCGAGGUGCAGAACGGACGGGUCACUGCUUGCUACGACAGUAUCAAGGGUCGAUGUAAUCGGGAUAAACCGCCCUGCAAGUAUUUCCAUCCACCACAGCACCUGAAGGACCAGCUUUUGAUAAACGGGCGUAAUCACUUAGCCUUGAAGAAUGCACUGAUGCAGCAGAUGGGUCUCACACCGGCCCAGCCGCUUGUGCCUGGCCAGGUACCAACAGUGGAGGCACCGGCACCUCCGGCACCACACCAUCACCUUCAACAGCAAAUCCAGCAGCAACUUCUCGCUACCCACGCCUUUAUGGCGACGAACCCGUACCUGACCGGCAUGCCGCAGGUUGGCAACACGUACAGUCCGUAUUUCGCGCCCAGUCCCAUCAUGCCGGCGAUAAUGGGCCCGGCGGAUCCGACCGGAGUGGGAAGCCCUCUCGGCGUGGUGCCGCAGACGGUAGCGAUGCCGCAGAAGAUGCCGCGUACCGACCGCCUCGAGGUAUGUCGCGAGUUUCAACGCGGGGCGUGCAAACGCGGCGAGACGGAGUGCCGGUUUGCGCACCCCCUCGAGACGGUGCAGGCGAACGAGGACGGCUCUGUGACGGUCUGCAUGGACGCUGUCAAGGGCCGAUGCAAUCGGGACCCCUGCCGCUAUUUCCACCCCCCUCUGCACCUUCAAGCCCACAUUAAGGCCGCACAAUCUCGGGCUAGCAUUGCGACGGCGACGAUGCCGACAAACGUGGCGGGAAUGGGCGCGUUGGCUGGCGGAGUAUCAGGAGUGCCAGCAACUGCGGUUCCCGGAGGACUUCAGAGCGCCAGUAUGGCGGGCAUCGAACUCGGCAAGAAGCGGAUGCGCGACUCCAAUGAUGAUCUGCUAAUGAUGGACAUGAAGUCUGUCGGAUCGUUCUACUACGAGAACUUUGCCUUCCCAGGAAUGGUUCCGUAUAAACGACCGGCGGGCGACAAGUCCGGCAUGCCGGUCUAUCAGCCAACCGGCGCGACGACCUAUCAACAGUUAAUGCAGCUGCAGCAGCCCUUCGUGCCUGUGUCAUGUGAGUACACUGGAACACCACCCCUACCCACCCAAACCUCUAACCAAUCGGUCGUGCAACCCCCGAACGUGCAAAUCAACCACCACGCGGUGGUGGUUCAGUCCUCCUCCUCCUCCCAGGGAACCAGCGGCGCCACAGUCAAUAACUGCGCCGACGCCAACAAUGGCGUGCUGAUGGAUCCCUGCAACAACCCACCGCCACCACCUCCGACUGCCGACAAUAACAGUAACAAUAGUAACGGCAGUAACAAGCAGCCGAAUGCCACGCAGAAUCACGAUGCCGAAAAUGCGCAUAACUCCCCCGAAUUGAAUCACUCGAGUCCCUCGACGAUUUCCCAGCAGCACCAGCAAGCGCAACAGCAACAGCAACAGCAGCAGCAGCAACAACAACAACAACAACAACAGCAGCAGCAACAGCAACAGCAACAACAGCAACAACAACAUCAACAACAACAGCAACAUCAUCACCAACAGCAUCAGUUGCAACAGCAACACCAGCAACAACAGUUGCAAAACCAACUGGCGUUAUCCGCCGCCAGCGUGCAACCCGCGAUGAUGAGUCCGUUGACCUCGGUAGCUGGCCUAACCUCGAUGCCGGGUGUGGUUAACAUGGCCUCUAUGGCCUCUAUGAGCAAUGUACCGUCGGUGACAAACAUGGCGUCGAUGUCUAACUACAAUGUAUCCAGCAUGGCCAGUCUGAACAUGCUCAGCAGCCUCGGGAUGAUGUCCGGACUGCCUACUCACCUCGAUCCAGCCGCUCUCGCGAAAGAGGUCGCCCAGAAGAACUACGCGAAGGCCAUUAAGCUAUCCCAGGCGUCCCAGUCCUAUCCCAUCAGCCAGCUCACGGCGUUGAGCUACACCGGCGUCGCCCUGAACAAACAGGCCCUGGUGAAUCCAGCCGCGGCCGGGAAUCCCGCGGUCGCCGGAUUGCAGGCCACCGCCGCGACGCCCAGGCAAGUCAUCCCGAAUCUAGCCGGCAUUCCCGGGGCCCUGACCUCGCCGCUCUCCGCUGGAAUCCUAGCCUACUCGAGACCCCCGGCAGGAACCCAUCACAUCAAUCCUUACUCCCUGAUGAGGCAACAGAUCCUACCGAAUCCAUACGUCCAGGCCUCGAUACCCAACACCGCUGUCCAAGGCAACCCGUACGUCCAGAAUCCGUACACUGUCCUACCGGGUGUCACCAGCGUGCCUGGAGUCGGGGCCGCCGGUGUACCAGGCGUCCCCCAAAUACCUCAGAUGCCGAAUCCAGCCACCAUAGCGGCCCAGCCACAGGUCGCCAUUCCCGUCAGCUCGGGCGUCAUCAUGCAACCGUACAAAAAGAUGAAGACCUCGUAAACGUACUUGCUCGUCGGCUCGAGGGACGGCGCGUCCUCCCUCCUGUCACUGAGUGUUCUGGUUCCUUCUUCUGGGCCCUCUGCGUUCUCUCUUACGUUCGCCAACGCGGCGCACCGUGUUCCUUCGUGCCUUCGAGACCCCAUCGAAACCGUUUUCCAGCCUCUAGUAGCAUGGAGACGUUUCGAAUUUUUCCUCAGGCCAACGGUGAUCGUGUGAACUUUGUUCGGUCUCGAGCGGAGCUGGGGAUGGUGCGAGAAAGGGUUACUUCUGGGACAGCUAGCAUUCGCCAAACGGAAGUGAACGUGGGUUGAGAAGUUAAUAUUCUCGAGAGCAGGGUGGAAGUGCCUGGUAGGGCGUACAACAUUUUUUUUGUUCCCUCUUUUUUCUAAACAUUUGUUUUCUUAAAUAGAAAUGUAAGGUGGAGAAUUGAUUUUCUCGGGGCAAAGGUUGAAAAUGUUCAACCUAGUCUAGCUAAAAUUAAAUUAUUGUCGAUCGAAAUAUAAUUCAUAUUAUUCGAGUUUUGUACAAAUUUUACACCCCGAGCUUUUAUACAAAUUUUUUUAAACUUUUGAAAUAAAAGUUGAAUUAGUGUACAUAUAUUUGUUAAUUCAAUUUAGUUAAUUGUCAUUGAGGUUUCCUUAAAAAUAUGGUGCAAACAACGAAUUACAUGAGCCGAUAGAAAAUGGCUGUCAAGCUGCGCGAACAAAGCCAGGUGAUUCUGGAAGAGUUUAACAUUUGAAACGUGUGUGGAAAUUCCAGAAAUAUUAUUUUGUCGAUACACGUUCAUCAGGACUUUAAUCUUCCGGUUUGGCGAAUACUGUCUGCUCUGAAAGUCAGGAACCCUUUUUUUUUAAACAACCUGUAUACAGGGUUGUCCGAAUAUACGACAACGAAUUUGUCCGCUUACGCGACCACGAUCCAAAGUUGGACGAAACGUAAUCUGAUAAUAUUUGCCACGAUACGAUUACAUGUACUCUCACGGUAAUUACUAUCAAAUUGCGGUAUAAUCUUAAUCGUAAAUCUUCAAAGCGUGUAAUAAUUGUCAAAUUACCGCGCGGUUACAUGCAAUCCUAUCGUGGCAAAUACAAUCUAAUUACUUUUCCCCAACUUUGCCAUGAUUUACAUUUUCGAUAUGUUUCUGCGGGAAGUAACACCGCAUUGCACUGCGACUACUUGGACACCCUGUAUACGUUACAACUAUGAAUUUUGAUAUCAUAGACGAUAUGAUUCUAAAGGUCAUUAAAAGUUAUGACAUUAUACCCUUUAAGUUGAUGCUCUUAUCUAGCAGUUUUUAAUUUCUAUAGAUCGUUUAAAUAGAAAUGUUAUUAGAGCCCACAGAUUUGAUAUACAUAGUCAUGUAUAAAAAUACGUUACAUUACAAACUGAUUAAAAAAAUUUAUAUAAAAUCCAAUGAAAGACCUUUCGAACCAUGUGAUCCAUGAUUCAAAAGUCUCGAUCGGCCUAUCGACGAAAAUAGUAAGAACGGACAAGUUACACGGUUCACCCUGUAUAUAUUCUUAUUUAUUCGGCACGAAGGGACAGAAAAUUGAAUGAAAAUAUGUACCACGUCCCGCGCAGAGUGACACAAUCAACGAGAAAUCGAUUAUACAAGUAUAAAAUAAAUCGAAAGCGUGGAAUAAAACUUUUUCGUACGGGGCAUUUAUUUUCGAAAGAAUCAAUUUCAAAAAAACUGUACACAUCUGUGUCGGUACGAGGCGAAAGUUAAUUAGAAUAACGAAUAAAAUCAAUUUAUUUCUGAUUCGGGAGUCACGAAUAAAUCAAAAUCAUUCAUUUUUUCUUUCUCAUUCGAGAUUUGAAAAUAAAAGUGAAAUUAACACAAUGUAGUAAUUAUAAAAAUUUCGAAAAAGAAUAAAUAAACGAAUAACGAUUAAUCGUUCGUUAUUUUUAUUUAAAUACAAUUUUAUUCGAACAAUGCCCAACGCUAAGAGUAUCUAAAUAGUAAUUGUUCGACGCGUUACGUACGCGACGAGUAUCAAUAUCGAAAAUCAUGAAAUUGGAUUUCAGUAAAAGGCGCGCGUGCCCCGAAUAACUUCGACAUCGAUUUUCUCGAAAACAAAGCCCCGUACGAAACAAUUUCAUUCCUCGUUCUCGGUUCGUUUUUACGCGUAGAAUCGUCUUGUGUUCGAUUGUAUCAUUGCGGGACACCCGGUAUACAAUACUAUAACGAGGAAUUGAAACGCGCCGUGUAAACUGUACAAUCGCUGGUACGUGAGAACCGGCCUGAACCCGCGUUGCCGCCCACGAAAGAGAGAACAUCAACCGAGCGGAUGCGAAACGAGAAAUGAAACGUUGAAAUAAGACAAAAGAAAAAAACGAAAAAAAAACAAAAAAAAAAAAAAUGAAACAAACAAGAGUUCCGAAAAUAGAUUCAUUUUCUAGUCAGACAUUGUCGGUGAACAGUGCCUUAUUGACCCGAUUCCACUUGAAGUGUUUCGAACGUAAAGCUGUAAAAAAAAAAGAAACGACGCAAAGACUUAAAUCCUCCCGAUUUUUUCCUUUUCGUUAACGUAACAAAUAUUGUCGAUAUAUCCUGAAACGUCCACCAAAUGGCGUAUUUAUCGUUUCACGUUCUUUUCCUUUUCACACUUUUUCUUGUCUGUUAAAGUGAAUCUAUGAAGACUUGCCAGAGUAAACCGUCGCGUUUUGCACGAUCGAUCCGGAUUUUCAGCGCGAUCGUUAUUCAUUUUUUCACGCCCUGUGACGCAGCACCUUUUUUCUAAAAAAAAAAAAAAAAAAAAAAUGGUAGCUUAACACGUAUACGCGUACACGUUUACGCGAAUAAUGGUUUUAGUUGUAGCUUAAAAUGUUUUUUAAAUUGUAACGAGUUACGUAUGAUUUUAAUUUGUUGAAAUUUUCUAUUGCGACGCGUCGUCGUCCCGUUUUGUUUUGAAUAUUAUUUCGGUUGUUGCGACGUAUUCGAUGAAAAAUAUCGUUCCUUGUAAAUUUUAUUGAACGGACUCCUUUUUUUUAUAUACGCCGGAAUGGACGGAAACGAUGCUUGGCCUAAGUCACGUUACGUGCGUAAACUUGCCUUUAAGUCGUAGAAUUAAAACAUUUAUCCCAGUCAGCCGUUGAUGUCCAUUUCUUUAUUCACAGUCGAUUUGCUCGUUAUACGAAACUCGAUUGAUUUUAUCCAUUAUAUUGUUUCUCAGAUUUUAAUUUUAUCGUAGGUUAGUUUUAAAAGUGGAGGAGAGGGGGAGGAACAGAGAGGAGAAAAGACGAAGGAAACGAAAGAUAUAUAUUUUACUUUUUACGGAUUCGAUAUGUACUAGAUCGUCGAUCGUACUUUUAAACGAUUAAUUGUUUUUAUUAUUGCGAGCGCUGCACGUUCUCCUGAAAAUUUCUGCCGAUCCGACCUCAGCCCCUUUCCAUUUAGUUUAAGGAUUAAUUCAACUAUAGUAACGUAUGUUUCCUAGAAACACCUUGCACAUCGAUGAGAUUGAAACGGAAAGCGCCGUCGUGUUCGGGCGAUCCUUUUAAUUCGUAUAUAAUUACCAGUACUCAUAGAUUUAGCAGAGAACUCGUCCUAUCUUAUUUUAUCUAGCGCUAUGCGAUAUAUAUUUAUCUAGAGUAUGUAAUAGCGUGUGAAACACGAGGCAUCCUUCUGUCUUUUACGGAUUCAAUUCGGGGGAGUUUGUUGCACACAGUGAACCUCGUCAAUUGCAACUCACGAGCUUAUGCAUUUAGCCGAGAAGAGACGAAACGAACGAGCCGAUUACAAGCGGAGUGAACGAAAAAGAAAAAAAAACAAAAAAUAUAACAAAAAUAAAAAGAUAAAACGAACGACAGAUAUUACAUGCAUUUACACGAAUUACCGAAAUGAGAAGGCUGAUUUCGAGAGUGUGGAGACAGAGGGAGACGGGACUAACCAGGUUGCGAAAAGAAAAUCGGGAGGACAUCUACCCGAGAGACAGAGAGAAACAAAAUAUAAAAGUGAGAAAGAAAAUUAUAGAAAAUGAAACGAGUUCACAUGCGCAUUAAUGAUACAUGACCGCACAAAACGUUCAACAGACACACGAACACUCCUCAGAGGGCAAAUACACGCAUACGCGUCGAAGUAAUUAAUAUAUUGUGCAUUUCUUAUGGAUUACGUACACGUUAGAAUGAAAAAAACGUCCGAGCGCAUUAUGUAACGAACAAUCGCUCGCCAGACGAAUACGAAAAGGGUUUUCUCUGUUCCGUGUACUCGUACACGUGUUUGCCAGUGAUUUGAAAGUUCGUUUAGUCGAGAUAAUAUAACUGACGAGAGAGAAGAAAUAUACGUGUAUUAUAUUUAAAUAUAUUGUAGAUCUAUAUACGUGUAAAUACUAAUUUUCUUUACACAUAAAAAAGGAAAAGUAUCGGAGAUGAUAUAUUGUAUGUAUAGAUAUGUAUACACACUGAACAUUCACUGGCAUAUACAGUGGAGAGGAAAAAUAACUGAACGAAAGAAGCCAUAGAGUGCUUACAGUUAGUACCACGCGAUUAUACUUCCAUCAAUCUGGUAUACUGCGUCGAAUACGUAUCUUUUUUGCAACGUGAAUUGUAUACUCGCUGCGAGAAAAGCUUGUCCACGCUGCGCAGGCGCGCCAGAGCCAAGCGAUGCGCAAGGUAGCUGCGCAUGGAAUCACUACGUCGUCGAUUGCUCUUCAAAUUAUUCUUAACGUUUCAAGACUUUAAAUGCUCCCUAUGCACGAGUAUCAGUACGUUAAUUAACCAUUUAACCUCUGAACAUUUACACCUCGAACGUAUUUAUUACAUUUUCAGACAAAGAAACGUAUUCAUUUCACCGUCAUUACUUUUUUAACUUCUUUUGGCUAUGAAGGCACUGCCGAUAAUAACAAACUACAUGUAAUAUAGAAGAGAAAGAGUAGCAAGAAAAUAUACUUAUAGUCCUCAAAUUUCUUCAGAGUCAAAAAACGAAAUAACCAUAAUAAACUGUGUGGUCGAUUAUACUUUGCUUCAGAAUGAUAUUUAAUAGUUCUCGAAUAGACGAACAAUACGAAUGCUCCAAGAGUCGACGACGUAAUAAUUUUCUGCGCAUCUACCUUGCGCAUCGCGUCUUUAAUAGAGGUGGCUUCUCAAUCCGCGACAGAGACCGGACAAUAUCUAAUCUAAAUACCAAUUUCCACUACCGAACACGAAACAAACAACAUUCUUACAAUAUUUUGAUGCUAAAAGAUUGCAAUCCGGAUUAUAAAAUGCAAAUAUAUUUCCAAUAAAAUUUACUUACGCGUCUCUGAUCCGAAGCGGCGCGAACAAGUUUUUCAGCAACGCGAACGUGUGCCUGCAAUAGUUUUCGAAACGUUUAGCCAUGUCGGCGACCAUCGUAACAAAAUGGUAACUCGACCGUCUCAUUGGCUCCUUUGGUUCGCGCGCGAAAUUCGAAGGCAGCUUCUCCGACGCCAUCCCGAGAUCACGAACACACAAUGCACAGAGCGCGCUUACACACGCACAAAAAAGAAAAAAAAAACGAUAGAUUCUGGUGGUUAAUCUACAGGCGUAACAUUGUUCAGGAAACACGGUCUUCCAUAGCGACAGAGAGAAAGAGAAAGAGAGAGAGAGAAAGUGUACGCGAUUAUUUUGUAUCGAUUCGUUGAAACGAAAAACGCAAAACGGAGAGGCUGUCUUUGAUCCGCGCGAGCGUCAGCACCUAUACGGGCGAUUCCGUUGUGAUAGUAUGGUCCUUUUCUUUUUUUCUGCGAUGUAUAACGCUGGUCGUGUCCCGCAGAGGGCACGGACGUUUUGUACACACGUUGUCGCGCGCACACAAAACACGCAUAUACACACAACAGAGACACGCGAUAUUCACGGUGAUCGAUACACGCGCGGAUCGUGGAAUUAAUUUCUGAACGGCCUCCUACGGAAUAGUCUCGCUCGGCGAGAGAUAUAAGCCAUAGGGUUGUACCGUGGUUUUUCGGUUUUCUAAAAAAAAAAGGCUCACUCACGCAAAACCGAUCGCUCGACGGUUCCUUAACUUGCUGUUCACACACUUGUACGUACACUAUCGAGAGGGUGGCUGGUCUUGUCAGAUCCGCGCCGAGAAUCCUGCCGGCCGCUCGCCCCGGGGAAAUAGUAUCGCGUUUGGGAGUUUCCGCGUCGUACGGCCUUUGGAUUCGAUCUUAAAACCGGACAAUCAAACAUAGGCGAGCACAGGGACGCGCGCGGUACGCGGGAUUUUCCGCGCGGCUUUCGAUCGAAAAACAGCGGAAGUGCCUUCCCCUUGCACUCGUACACCGUUGCACACGAAAGAGAACACACGCGUACUAGAGUAUUACAAGUAACUCGAAAGAACACACGUGAAAGCACUACGUCUAAUAUACCUUAUAAUAUAGUACGUAUAAUUAAAACCUAAGCAUUAUUAACGGUUGCAUAUAGAUAUCGUGCAACGAACAGGAAGGAAUACGAUUAUAAAAAAUAUAUAAAGUGUCGAGUUUAAGGAUUAUAAACGAUUCGAGAAAAAGUAACACACAGGACACGCACGCAAACAAACACGAACAUACAUUUAACACAAACAUAUACAGACACGUUAUACGGCGUACCUAUAUUACAUGCAUACAGGUAGUAUUUACUAUUGUGUAACGUUUUGUCUCUAAUUUUCUCGUUAGACUUACCUUAUUACACGCGGGCAUGUAUUUGCCGCGCGUGUGUGUACGCGCACAUAUAUGCACGCGUGUGCCCCGCAGUCGCAGUCGUAUUGCGUAAUCGUUCGUAACAAUAAUAUUAUUCAAGAGAGGAGGACCACGGGAACGCGUUGGUUCUCGCGUGAAAAACAAAAAAAAGAAAAAGGAAAGAGAAAAGAAAACGAACGACAAAAUGAAAUUCACGAUUGUACAUGCGUGCCCGUGUGUCCGACGUGAUUUGUGCAUUUUGGCCGCUUGUAUGCGUGUAUGACGCGCGCGGUGCGCACACAUUGCACGAAUAUUGCGCACGUCCGCCACACGCAGAACAGUGUGUAAUACGCCGCGUGGCGAGGAAGACGUCCUACGAGAUAGAAUAAACGCGUCGUCCAUUUAAUCGAGGAAACGAAUUAAAUUAGUAAUCGUUGGUUAAUUAAAAAAAAAAAACAAAAGAGAAAACACCGUAGCCGCGUGUAGUCUGCGUCUCGUCGACUCAAAAGCAAAAAAAGAAAAAAAAAAGAAAUAUGAAAACACGGAGACAGUUCUGGGAGAAAAGUUGAAUAAGAACGAAUGAAACGAUACAAAUGAGUCUUCGAAGGUCCCGAAUGCGUUUUUGCGCGUGCACGCUCACGGGGUUUGUCAAGGAGUCAGCCAGUAUUUGUAAUAAUAAUGCUUGAGAAAUGCAUGAAUAUUUGUUUUAUUAAUGCUUCUUCUUAUUUCAUCUCUUUCUAUCGAAACAGAACUUCCCGAGAACUCGCUAAUCCCUUGUAAUUUAUAUUUAUAUAUAUAUACAUAUUAUAUAUACUAUAUAUAUACUCGUGUAUUACUCGAUAUUGCGCCCAUUAUUGCUCACAGUCUUAGCCUCGCUUCCUGCUUCCCUUAUUUUUAAUAUCCCCUCGAUAAUAUGUUCGACUUGGUGCUUGUAGUAUUUUACUUACGAUUUCGCGCGUUUCUUUUUUUCUUUUUCCAAACGUUUUUUUUUUUCUUUUUUACUAUUAUUUUUCGUCUUCGACGUGUUUCGCACUCGGAACAAGAUCUCUCACGCGUCUUUCCGUUUUGGUACGCUAACGUUUCGGGCACGUUUGAUUCUGCCUUUGGCGAAAGAGAGAAAAAGAAAGUAACAUUCACUGACGCGAUUUCAGUUCUCGCGGGUAACAUUGCCUUUUAGUUGUCGAACACACCUAGACGAUGCCAAGCACACGGUCGUUUCUAAAACCUUGUAGAUGUUAGCCGCUUUUAUUAUGACGAACGCCAUAAGAGGAGCGUACGAGCUCUCUUUGUAUCUUUUUCUUCCACUUCUUUCUCGUCUCUCUGACCGUUAACUUAAGUUAUAUACGUCCCCGAUCUUUCCGCCAUCUUACCACAGCUUCUCCUGCGCUUUAGUUGCGAAAUUCAGAGGCACGAAGGAGCGAUAUCUAGGUAUACUUGUAUCUUUAUCACGUCGACAUCCCAGUCUGCUACCUACAGUUUUAUCAACAAUCGCCACAUUAGACAUCCUUUGCGUCCAUUAACCCUUUUACUAAUUACCGUCGUGAAAAAGGUCGACCAGGACGCGCGAAAAAUUUAUUUAAACAUCGUACCUACGCUCGAUUAUCUUUUACGCUUCUCCGGACACGGGAACGGUCGCUUUUAAGUUAUUUGCUUUGGUCGAACAAACUUGGGGAUUCGAUUACACCGAGGUUUCAGGGUCAUCUUCUGUUGUUUAACGUACAAUUUUAUUAUUAUACUUAUUUAAUCUUUUAUUCACUCAAAACAAGAACAGUGAGUUCAAUAAUACUGGCAAGUACGAUUUUGACUUCUACAAAAUACUCGUAAUAAUUUUCUAACGAUAGACAUUAACUAUUCUGUGAUACCAGUACUCUUUUCUGAGUGAAUAAUUUUAAGAAACUGUCCUCAAUUAAAAUACUUUGACUUUCCCUUAACACUUUCAUCGUUGCUGGCAUUUAAAGACAAAGAUCCGUCCAUUUUGUACGGGCGACCGCCUGACAGCGUUCGCCAAAAAAGUCUUUCGCGCAACUAUUUUCCAACUACUGCUAUAAAUAAAAUAAUGAUAUUAAGAUGACCUCGAAAUCUCUGCAAUAACACUUCUACAGGCUCGAAGGCCAGAAAAUUUCACGAACAACGUAUAUUAAAAUGAGAAUCGACGAAUCAACGAACGAAACUUAAAAUUUGACUUUAACGCGUAAGAAAUAAUCGAGCUGCGUACGUUUAAUCGUGAUGCAUCGCGGGAUCGAUCUUUUUCAAAAUAAACCUAUCCAGUCCUCUAACAGUCCUGCGUUCGGUCGGCUUCUUAUCCAGCUUCGAUUAUAUUAUUUCGCCGCUAUCGCCUGCGUAAGAAAGUCGCGCGUGUGCCUACUAAAUUGUUUUGUAAUGCUUGGCACACGGAGAGAGACCUUUGCAACACGUCGAGUCUCGGUAACCGGAGGAGCACACUUCGUUACCGGAUAGACCGUGAUUCCAAAGGGAGUGUCACCGACAACAGGCUGUACCGUCGGGAGUUGUUAAGAACGGUCCUGGGGGGGCGUGGCUUGUACCACGAGACACGUGGAACGGUUCGCGCCUGGCUCGACGAACGGGCGGGAAACAGUCGAGAUUCAAACGUCGACGGACACGACGAACCAACGCUCGAAAUUCUGACCAAUGGUGGUGCCGCGUUCCAGGGCCGUCGAGCCAGUCCCGGCGGUGCUUGCAUUUCUAUUUACAAAUAUUAAUAAUCCACGCUUCUGAUCGCAUCAAGUAUCGCGCCGAGGCCUCACUUGUUUCGAUCGCUUUCAAACUGCCUUGCGAUUCAAAGGCGAGAAGAGUGCUACGCAAUUGUUCGACGACCGUUUUUUUCUUUUUGUUGUGUCAAAAAAAAAAAAAAAGUAAUGGAGAACGUAUAAGAGUGGUGACCAAAAGACACGACGAGCGUCGAGAUCUCGUUCCAAACCGACGGAACGAGUACCGACGCGCGAAUUCGUAUACCGCAUGAACGUGGAGAUAUCACGAAAAAAAAGUGACACGAAACGUGCACGCGUGUGCUGUUCUACGCGGUACCUGGACACGACUCCGUCGAUGCCAUUACGUUUCGCAAACACGUAAAUAAAUGUUCACGGCACCGCACGAACAGGGAGCAAAUUAAGCCGGAGCUGCACUCGAAUGGCCAGGACUAUUUGACCGAUGGUUUAUCGCCGCACUCUAACGUCCAACGUGUGACGGCCGAAUCGGUGGAUACGAAUGGACAGAACCGCGUUUGGCUAUCCAACGCAAAUUUCCAGCUCGUUAUUUAAGACGAGACGACUCGAACCGGGUACAAACGGACGCAAAACUAUCUUGGAUACGCCUGGCGGUUCCGUCUCGUCCGUAUACACCUGUGUCAUUAUAGAAAACCGAUGUGAAGCACUCUUUCCGAUGUAAGUAUCGCAGUAGCACUUUAUUUUGUCGCAUAUGCAAGCUUCAAGCACUCGAGCUUCACGAAUUAAUUAAUUGGUAAUCGUUCUCCGCUGUCAGACUCUUUAGACGCGAUUAUAUAGACCGCUUUGUAUAGAGUACGCGUAGAAUAUUUAUAAUUCACGGCUUACCAGAGAGAGAAAAAAAAAAAGAAGAAACUAAAAAAAAAAAGUAUUGAACAAAAACGCGUCCGUAGAAAAUAUUUAUGGCUUGUGCUCGUAAUUUCUUUGUAUCUCUCACGCUAUCAUGUAUGGACGAAAUAAACUCUUUGCUACUUCUGUCUCUAUAUCUGUCUUUUUCUCGCAAUCUCUUACGAUUUCAUAUAGAAUUCAAUUUUUUAACACGCGACCGUUCUCGAUACCUUCACACCGCAUGCGUCGACGAUUACGAACCACGUCACAUACACACACGCACACACGCGACACACGCACACGCACACGGACACGUACAAACACCAAACGACGAAAAGCUUAAGCGCAUGCGAACACGAUUUUUUUAUUAUGUCGACAUUGUAUAUAUAUAUAUUAUAUAUAUAUCUACGUCCAUAGUGCCGUAGAAGGAAAAAGAAGAAGCACGACUGCAUUUGGUUGAAACGAACGGUGUAACCGUUCGCUCCCGUUUUCGCUGGUUACAUUUUAUAUAUAUGGAAUGAAAACUUGUUUAGCCCGCCGUAGCCGAAAAGAACAAAAAAAAAAAACCAACGUUUUGAUGCGUGCUGCGCGCGCCACGCGGAUACAGAGAAUGAUUUACAAGUUACACACGAUCCACUACCACCAACCAGUGCACGAUUAAUCGCGAUCGUUCAUAACCUCUCUUUAAACUUUCUGUUUCAUGCUUGCCCUUCGCCUGGAUAUCCAACGCACGUCUUACGACCGAAAAUUACCACGCAUACUGUUUGAUCUCGUCCCGUCAACGCUUUCAUCCCCCGGUUCGUCCGUGAUACGAUCCGAUGCAACAUCCACGCUACCACACGGCCCUCCACGCACGUGCCUGAAUCCACCCUCCGAUCCUGAAAUUGAUCCCGAAACGCCGCACGUGCCUGAAUUAUCCCCUGAUUCCCGGAAUCUGCGACAACUGCUGCGAAAUCCAAUCCCUGCCUCCUUCUCCGAUUAAUUACAUUCAUGUGGCGAUUGUGACCGUUCUCCCAUCCUACGCGCUGGGAAUGUACGUACGUCAACACUUCACCGCCCGUUGCUCCCUUAUUUUCUUUCCAUUUUCUCUAUUUUUCUUCUUUUUUUUUCUCUCUCCUUCUACGUGUCUCUUCUUCUCUCUUCGCUCUUUCCCACAUCCUGUGUCGUUCGUUCGCGACCACCCCCCACACGCGCGGAUACCGCGAUCUCUUCUGCGUCGUCGUCACACUCACGCGCUCGCUUGAUAUCACCGUCGAAACGAUAAACAAAAACAAACGCAAACCACACACGAAACCCCCCCCCCCCUCUCCGGUGACGAACGAAUUCUUUCCUCGCCUGAAUGUUCGUACUCACCGUUCACUUAACUUACUGCGAUAACACACGAUCGUCAUACGUACGCAAACGCAUACACACACGCGCGCGUACACACACGUACAUCUGAAUAUUUAAAUGCUGGCUUGGUAUGUGUGCACCGCCGCCGCAUUAUCGCCGUCAUGUUCGCCCGUCACCCGGACACAACGACAAACACACGUAAACAUAUGUGUUCGUACACCCUGGUACAUGCAUUCUGGUCAUAUUGGGGGACGAAAAAACGGAAAAAAAAAUUACAUACACACGUAUACACACACACACACACACACACAUGCGUGCAUACACAAAAACAACACGAUACGCGCGCGAAUUUACACUCUCAUUCCAUUACGGACUAUCCACCUUGGCCGUUUCCCGCCCACGCCGAUCACUUUUUUUUCGUUCCACGAAUCGAAUACAACGGAAACAACGCGUCGUGCGACUGUCCGUCGA